GUUGUGCAUUAGUGUAACAAAAAGCCUAAAAGGAUUUGGGACCAUGCGGCUUCCUUCCCGAUUGAUUGAGUGACCUUUGGUUUUGGUAUUUUCAUUGUAACCUACUCUAACGGGUUACAGAGCUGAAACUUGCAGCAAUAUUAGUCUUAAGUAAAGCCCGUAUGCUGUAAAAAAUUCUGAAGGUCAGAACUUUUCACAGCAUACGGGCUUUGCUUAGGAUUAAUAUUGCUGCGAGUUUCAGCUCUGUAACCCGUUAGAGUAGGUUACAAUGAAAAUACCAAAAAAGCUGAUUUUACUAAAUCAGUCGGGAAUGAAGCCACAUGAUUCCAAAUUCUUUUAGGCUUUUUGUUACACUAAUGUGCCCAUCAGCAAAAUAUGAACUCAAACAGAGUUGGGCAGCUGGAAAGUUUCCUCGUGAACUAGAAUAUCAAUUUUUUUUCUUUUGCUUAGAUAGCUUAAGUGCGAGGGAUAAAUGAUAAAGAUAUGGUGAUAUAUUCAGAUUUUUUAUGAAAUUGACCAAGUUGUACAACAUAUGUAAACAUCAGCGAAUGUUUUACUCCCAGAUCAAUACUUAGAUUCACCCUUAAAAAGAAAAGUCAAUGAUGUGAAGGUAAACUGAUUAAUACACAUGGAAUCUUUAUAUAUCAAGAUACCCGUUGUUCGUCGAUUUUUGAUUCCUUAGCGGAACUGAAGUUCGGCAAUGAGUCACCCCGAUAGUGCAAUUUCUAGGUGCAUUUUUUUAUUUAAAUUCGAAUCGACAAUAUGAAGUUCUGAAUGGAAAUUCAUUAAGAACACGGAAACAAGAAAACGUUUCGAGUGUGUUGCGCCGCUGACUGCAGCCAUAACGUUGAUGUAAGGUGGCUAUGGGAAGGGAGAUCAGGAAUGUUUACAGGCCACAAAGGAUGCCAAAAAAUUGGCAUGCAUGAUUUAUAUCAUCAGUGUUUGUUUUCUCACAUAUUAUUAAGCGACUAUACGGUCGAGAAACACAGAGAGAAUCGUUGCUUAUUUUUCAAUAAAUUUGUUGUAUUGUUAUUAUUGUUGGUCUUAUUUAUUUAGAUGAAUUGAAUAAUAUGAAAUUAUUUAAAAAAAUUAAAAAUUUGGUAUUAAUAAUAAAUCCAAAAACAUUGUUAGUAGAUGACAUAAAAAAAUUGAUAAAACUAUUUGGUAAUGUGAACCGUUUAAAAUUAGAUGGUCUAUAUGGAUUUACUUAUAAUGAAAAAUUAGUAAUGAUUCUAACUGAAUUAAUUAUAAAUUUACAUAAUUUAAAUUUAUUAUAUUUUGAUAGAUAUUAUAGACGAUCAAAUAAUGAAUUAGAAAAAAUUCAAUCAUUAUCAAUUUUUAAUGGUAGACAAUGUGAAAUAAAAUUGCAUCAUCAUUUAUUAAUGAUAUGGCUUUGA